AUGCAUAUUUCAAACCUUCUACCUCUUGCUAUCUUGCCUUUAGCUUAUGGUCAGCUUAAUACGCUUGCCAAGGCUGCUGGUCUCAAAUACUUCGGUUCCGCUACAGACAACGGCGAGCUUACUGAUGCUGAAUAUACCGCUAUCUUGUCAAACAGCAGUCAGUUCGGACAAAUCACACCUGGAAACACACAAAAAUGGCAAUACACAGAACCCUCCCAGAAUACCUUCAGCUAUACUAAGGGAGAUGUUGUUGUUGAUUUCGCGGAGAAGAAUGAUCAACUUCUGAGAUGUCAUAACUUGUGUUGGUAUAAUCAAUUGCCAUCAUGGGUUACUUCAGGCACAUGGACGAACGAGACUUUGAUUGCGGUCUUGAAGAAUCACAUCAAAAAUGAAGUAACUUACUACAAGGGCAAAUGCUAUGCCUGGGAUGUCGUCAAUGAGGCAUUCAACGAUGAUGGUACCUGGCGAUCAUUUGUCUUCUACGACACCAUUGGUCCCGAAUACAUCCCCAUCGCCUUCGAAACCGCCGCUCUCUACGACCCAGACGUCAAGCUCUACUACAACGACUACAACAUCGAGUCAUCCGGUGCGAAAGCAACCUCAGCCCUCAACCUUGUCAAAUCUCUCAAAGCCCGCGGUAUCAAAAUCGACGGUGUCGGUCUCCAAGCCCACUUCAUCGUCGGCUCUUCCCCCAGCGAAUCCGCGCUCGCCACCACCCUCCGAUCUUUCACCGCUCUCGACGUCGAAGUCGCCUACACCGAACUCGACGUCCGCUUUAGCACUCUCCCUCCCACCGCCGCCGGGCUCGCUCAACAAGGCGUCGACUACGCUAACACCGUUAACGCCUGUCUCAGCGUCGACGGCUGCGUCGGUAUCACCAUCUGGGAUUUCACAGAUGCAUACUCGUGGAUCCCAACGACCUUUACUGGUCAAGGCGAUGCUUGUCUCUGGUACGCUAACUAUACCAUUCAUCCCGCCUACAACAGUGUCGUUGCUGCUCUCUCUGCCGCGGCAGCCACGGCUGCUCCCGUUACUUCCACUACUGUUGCGAAAGUAAGUGUAUCCAGUGCGGUUUCUACUAGUAAAUCUACGCCGGUCGUUUUGAGCUCUAGUCCUGAUUCCGUUUCUGUUUCCGCUUCUGCGGUUGUAUCUUCUGUUUCUUCAGUCGUACAAGUUGCCAGUUCUUCUGUAGCUGUUUCUUCCGCUGUUUCUCCACUUCCUAUUUCCUCAUCCCCUCUCCCCUCAAGCAGCACACUAAAAAAAUCCACAAAGACCUCCUCUUCCACCUCCGCUCCCUCUUCCACCAUCAUCUCCAGCACAAAAAUUACAUCUACAGCCGCCGCUUCGGGGACAGGCGCCGCAGUCGCUCUUUACGGACAGUGUGGCGGCGCGACUUGGACCGGAAGUACGGUUUGUGCGUCGGGCGCAACGUGUACUAAGCAAAAUGAUUGGUAUUCGCAGUGUGUUGCCGCAUAA